CAGCCCUGCAGCUGGCACAGGUUGCAGCAGUACCCUUCUGCCAGGAGAGGAUAAGGAAAGGCAUCUGGUGACAAGUUCCUGCUGAAGAACAGCUUGGGCCAGGGCAGCUAAGAUCACAGAAACACAGAAUUGUUAUGGUUGGAGGGGACCUCUGGACAUCAUCUAACCAAUGCCUGUCAAGGCAGGGUAAGCUGGAGCAGUUACACAGGAAAGCAUCCAGAAAUUACUGUAGGUUUGGUGUCUUGGAAGAAUGGAAUCAAUCUCUAUGAUGGGGAGUCCCAAGAACCUCAAUGAAACUUUUCUACCACAUGCUGCCAAUGGCAUCAAGGAUGCCAGUAAGGUCACAAUAGGCAUCAUUGGAAGUGGAGACUUUGCUAAGUCAUUGACAAUCAGACUUAUCAGAUGUGGGUACCAUGUGGUCGUAGGGAGCAGAAACCCUAAACAUGCUGCUGACUUCUUUCCCCAUGUUGUUGAUGUCACUCACCAUGAAGAUGCAGUAGCUAAAACAAACAUCAUUUUUGUAGCCAUACACAGAGAACAUUACACCUCUUUGUGGGAUCUCAAACAUUUACUUGCUGGUAAAAUUUUGAUUGAUGUCAGCAAUAAUACAAGAGUAGACCAAUAUCCAGACUCCAAUGCAGAGUAUUUGGCAUCACUUUUUCCUGAUUCCCUAAUUGUCAAAGGAUUCAAUGUCAUUUCAGCGUGGUCACUACAGUUAGGACCAAAGGAUGCCAGCAGACAGGUCUAUAUAUGCAGUAACAAUGUUCAGGCACGCCAUCAAGUUAUCGAGCUUGCCCGUCAGCUCAGUUUCAUUCCUAUUGAUUUGGGGGCAUUGUCAUCUUCAAGGGAGAUUGAAAACCUGCCUCUGCGACUGUUCACCCUGUGGAAGGGGCCUGUACUGAUUGCCAUUAGCCUGGCAACAUUUUUCUUCAUCUAUUCCUUUGUCAGAGAUGUCAUCCACCCGUACAUGAGAAAUCAGCAAAGCGACUUUUACAAGAUUCCCAUUGAGAUUGUGAACAAGACCCUGCCGAUUGUUGCUAUCACUUUGCUUUCUCUAGUAUAUUUAUCAGGACUUAUUGCAGCUGCUUAUCAGCUUUACUCUGGCACUAAGUACCGGCGCUUUCCUCCCUGGCUGGACAACUGGCUCCAGUGUCGAAAGCAGCUUGGACUGCUCAGCUUUUUCUUUGCUACCGUGCACGUGGUGUACAGCCUCUGCUUGCCUAUGAGGAGAUCAGAGCGCUACUUGUUCCUCAACGUGGCCUAUCAACAGGUUCACGCAAAUGUUGAAAAUUCUUGGAAUGAGGAAGAAGUGUGGCGAAUUGAAAUGUAUAUCUCCUUUGGAAUAAUGAGUCUUGGAUUGCUUUCCUUGCUGGCAGUAACUUCCAUCCCUUCAGUAAACAGUGCCUUAAACUGGAGGGAGUUCAGUUUUAUUCAGUCUACACUUGGAUACAUUGCUCUGCUUAUAAGUACUUUCCAUGUACUGAUUUAUGGAUGGAAGAGAGCUUUUGAAGAAGAGUAUUACAGAUUUUAUACACCACCAAAUUUUGUUCUUGCCCUUGUUCUGCCUUCCAUUGUAAUUCUAGGUAAAAUCAUCUUACUUAUGCCGUGUGUAAGUAGGAAACUGAGGAGAAUUCGAAGAGGAUGGGAGAAAAGCCAUGUUAUAGAAGAAGUAAGUGGGUCUGUUCCACAUCUCUCUCCAGAAAGGAUAACUGUAAUGUGAUGAUAUUUGUUAACACUGUACAUGUUUGGGCUUUUGUUUUUUUGUCAUAAACUUGCAUUUUUAGGAGUUUAGUUAAGUAGGAGUCUUUGUAAAGUCUCUUGCUUGACAUAUAGUACAAGCUCUUAACCAAAUUAUGAGAAGUUUAUAACUAGAAGACGACUACUUCUGAUAAAUACAAAAAUAUUUUUCUUUUGGAUUACAGAGGGCAGAUGAUUAUGAAAUUAAAAAAAAAAAUGUUCUUUUGCACAGUUAAUCAGAAUAGUAUUUUAUUAGACCCAGGCUUAACAGUUUUUUUUUUUUACUUAGAGCAUAUGUGUCAGAGUGCUGUUUAUUAAUAUGACAUUUUCUGGGCAGUGUUUCUUCUAUUAAAACCACUUUCCUGGGUUAAUGA